AUGUCAAAGUCCUUCGAACAUCUCCUCCCUCCAAGUUGGAAGGUCCAGGUCACAGCCUGGCUGACAGAAGACACGCCUUCCUUCGAUUACGGCGGAUAUGUGGUUGGAGAGGUUGAGCGUGAGGCGUUUCUCCUUGGGAAGGGGAAGAAUGCCGCUGUUCUCGCUGGGUCGCCGUUCGUGACGGAAAUAUUUGCUCAACUGGGCUGCACGGUGGAAUGGCAUGUGCAGGAAGGCGACAUAUUUGAGCCAGUACGGCACAUCGCAACCGUGAACGGCAAGGCAAGGUUCCUCCUGUUGGGGGAGAGGAUAGCGCUCAACUUACUCGCCAGGUGCAGUGGUAUCGCUACUCAAUCAAAGAAGAUCAGGGAUCUGGCGAAAAGUUACGGUUACAAGGGCAUCAUCGCCGGGACGAGAAAGACAACCCCUGGAUUUAGGCUUGUGGAAAAAUACGGGAUGCUGGUCGGUGGAAUCGACCCCCAUCGCCAUGACUUAUCGAGCAUGAUCAUGCUCAAGGAUAACCACAUUUGGUCAUCUGGCUCCAUAACUGCAGCAAUACAACAGGCUCGCUCUGUUGGUGGCUUUAGCUUGUUGCUAGACGUUGAGGUCGGUUCAGAGGCUGAGGCAGAUGAAGCAAUCGAAGCUGGUGCUGAUAUCAUUAUGUUGGACAACAUGGAAGGGAGUGAACUGGUUAACGUCGCGAGCAGCCUAAAGGCAAAGUGGCAAGGCCAAAGAAAGUUUCUUUUUGAGACAAGUGGAAAUAUCACAGAGGCAAAUCUGCAAGAGCGGGCCAUUAACGGAAUCGACAUCCUCAGCACGAGUGCAGUGCACCAAUCGGUGCAACAUAUUGACUUCAGCCUGAAGAUCCAAAUGCCUUUGGAAUAG